AUGCUUCUUGAUGGUGGCUACGUUGACAACUUGACCGUCGCCCACAUGAAGUCGCUUGGUGCAGAUGUCAUAUUUGCUGUUGAUGUCGGUUCUAUCGACGACGAUAAUCCGCAAGCCUACGGAGAUUCACUGUCCGGAUUUUGGGCCUCCUUCAAUCGCUGGAACCCCUUCUCUGCAUUCCCCAAUCCACCAACACUCUCUGAGAUCCAGGGCCGUCUGGCAUAUGUGUCUAGUAUCGAUGCUCUCGAGCGUGCUAAGACCACUCCUGGAUGUCUGUAUCUUCGUCCACCAAUUGACGGAUAUGGUACACUCGAGUUUGCGAAGUUCGACGAGAUCUACCAAGUUGGCUACAGGUAUGGUCAAGAGUUCUUGGCCAAGUUGAGAGACGAGGGUGUGUUGCCUGUAAUGGAGGAGACAGAGGAGAGGAAGAACUUGAGAAGGACCAUGGCGCCCAGACGUGCGAGUAUCUAG